AGAGAAGGCGGUGAUUGACCGCGGCGAGUGGCAAUCAUCAGAGGGAGCGGUGGCGGCCCUCUUCCCUCGCCUUACGGACCACUUCCGUGGUCCUUGGGGGGAUUGGGGAGCAGCUCCGGGCUUCUCCACUCACAAUGUUGGCCGUGGGGAGCAGAGCUCCAGGCUCGCGCGGUGGGAGGCGGCACAGGGUGGGGAGAGCAGGGUAUCCCCUCACUGAGGAGGAGGCGGCCGGGAGGGGGUGUCCCUGCGCCUUUCCACACGCCGCAGGCGGUGUGUGCGGGCCCACAACAGUGACCCAUCCGUGCUGCGCGGCGGGGCAGAGCUCGGCAGCCUGCGGGGGCUGAGGCAGGCGAAGAACUGCUGCCGUCGCUGUGGCACGUCGGUACGUCCGCCUUCAGAGCAGCAGUGACUGCGUCGCGGCAGCGCGAGUGAGACAACUCUAAAACAUCAAAGCAAGGUUAAUGAUCCAUUGUGGAUGAAGAAAUGGUUUUGACAGGAAGCUUGAAAUCUCUUCUUCCCCAGGUGCUAAGAAGAAUAGUCCGAUCCAACAGGCUCAGUAUUAGUAAUACUUCUGGAAUGGCGGCAGGCUAUAAACAGGCCAAUAUUGUGAUUUUGCAUAAAUCCCUGGCUGAUGACUUUGAGAAGUUUUGCCAUGCAAAUGAUGGGCCCCUGCCGCUGCUGUACAGAAGUAAACCAGGUGACUGGGGAUGUCCUCUGAGUAGUGAAUCUGACAUCAGAACUGACUGCCUACAGUACAGAAUAUAUGAGCAUGGAGCCUGUACUGGAUCAGUGAAAAACCUGAAGGAAUAUUCUGAACAACUUAAGGACAUGGUGACAUUCUAUUUAGGCUGCAGCUUCUCUUUUGAAAAAGCAAUGCAAAAUGCUGGCAUUCCUGUAAGAAAUGUUGAGCAAAAAUCUAAUGUAAGCAUGUAUAAGACAGCUGUGCCUUGCUACAGCGUUUCUACUUUUUGCUGCAACUUAGUAGUCACAAUGAGACCUAUUCCGGAAAGCAAGUUGGAAGAAGCUGUACUAGCAACAUCUGAAUUAAAAGAAGCCCAUGGAGCACCAGUUCACAUCGGUGAUCCUGGUCUGCUGGGAAUACGAGAUCUUUCCAAACCAGAUUAUGGAGAUCCAGUUCACCUUCACCCUGGUGAUAUUCCAGUGUUUUGGGCCUGUGGAGUAACAGGAGUAGAAGCAGUCAUCAACUGCAGAGCUCCAUUAGCUUUUACUCAUUCUCCUGGCUGCAUGUUCAUCACUGACCUGAAGAAUGACAAUAGCACUGUCAAAUCCUCAAGAGAAGUCCCACAAAUCUACUGUAUUUCUCAAGAUCCUCUGCUUUAUAGUUUUGUGUCAGCAGAAGCAGCCCAAAAAAUAAAGACUCUAGAGACCCUAAUUGGAAUAGAUCCAGGAGAGCGGGGUAUAGCCCACCUGCAGCAGCAGGACGAGCUGCUGAAGGCUUGCCUGUCCAUCUCCCACGCUCGGGCCGUGCUGAUAACAACUGGAUUUCCAACCCACUUCACUUAUGAACCACCGGAAGAGAACGAUGGGCCCCCAGGAGCCCUUGCUAUUGCAGCUGUAUUGCAGGCCUUGGAGAAAGAGGUUGCCAUAGUAACAGAUCAGAGAGCCAUGAAUCUGAAUAAAAAGAUUAUUGAAGAGGCUGUUCAACUAGGAAUCUUGAAGAGACCUGUCCCUCUAUUGAGUUACCAAAGAGAAAAUGCUGAUUCAGCUUUAAUGUUCUUGUGUGAGAAUGGGAAUCCCAGAAGACCUAGAUUUGAUCACCUGAUAGCAAUAGAGCGUGCUGGGAUGGCUGCUGAUGGCAAUUAUUACAAUUCCAGGAAAGUUAACAUUAAACAUCUUGUGGAUCCCAUAGAUGAACUAUUUUUAGCUGCACAAACCAUUCCAGGAGUCAAAACAACAGGUGUUGGAGAUGGAGGAAAUGAACUAGGAAUGGGCAAAGUAAAAGAUGCUGUAAAGAAGCACAUAAAAAAUGGAGAUGUUAUAGCUUGUGAUGUUGAAGCUGACUUUACUGUUGUAGCUGGAGUCUCUAACUGGGGAGGCUACGCCAUUGCUUGUGCUCUCUAUGUUCUCAGCACUUGUGAGAUACAUGACCGCUAUCUGAGGAAAGCUGUUGGGUUUCCACAUUUCUCAAACAAGGCAGUCUGGCUAUCGGCACUUCCAUCAGUUACCAAGGAAGAAAAGCUUCUGAAAACACUUGUGCAGCAUGGGGUGCGCAGUGGGAAAACUGCCAGUCUGGAGAUGGAAGUGGAUGGGCUGCCCUUCCACAACACCCAUUCACUUAUGAUUGAGAAGCUACUGCAAACAGUGCAGCAGUGACUGCCCCACAGGAUUUAUGCAUCAACAGUUGCUCCCAUGUUAUUUCCUUGUUACUGAAGCUCUCAGAAAAUAUAAAAGAUCAGGAAAAGAUGGCUUUUCAUUUCAUUGCUACCCUUACAACAUCUCAUUGAAUCAAGAAGGUGAUACCACCAUGAUGAUUUGUACUACCUUUCUUUUCUCUAAUUUUAUAAUGAAUAAUGGAUAUUAAAUGAUAUUAGAGAUGAUGAUGUGAUCUAGCUUUGACAAAGAAUGCUUGUCAUUAAAAUGAAGUACUGUUGCAUUGCUGUUCCUGUUUUACUAACCUCAUAACUACAACAGGAAGUAACUCUUGUAGCAACUUGGAUUUAAAAAUACCUUGUGGUAGGAAAAACAGCUGCAGUGGAGAGGGGAGGUCCAAACCAAAAAACCCAGUAAGUGUUACAGUAGUGAGAGCUGUUAAGUAGAGCUGCCCGGUACACUUUCUGUAGCCCCUCUAACACUCUUCUUACAGUGGUGGAUGGUUUGUGGAAGUGUGAGGUGAUAAGAGGAGAGAAUUAAGCUAAUGAAGAUAAGUGCAGCGUUGAAGACCUUCUGCAUAAAACACAGGCUAUACCAUUUGCCUCCUUCCUAUUAGUUUGUCAUUUAUAUAUUUUGUCCCUUUCUGGGUAAUUCCGGGGUAUCCUGAAAUCACAUAAACAAACAAACAAAAAAUAAUGCUUACAAAUUAAAGUGCUACUAGAAAUUUAAAUACAUUUGCAUUCAGUAUGAAAUUAUGUGAAUGAACAUCUCAAUGAAUUCCAGUUACAGAAAUUCAGCUCCUGUUGAGACUAAGUGAAGUAAAAUUGUUAUAUCUCAAAAGCCUACUAACACAUAACCAGUAGAUGACAAAAGGUUGUGAAUCUUGUCUGAAUUUUGUCAUUGAAAGCUGAGAUUUUACUUAAACUGCAGAUGAGUGUCAGAGCUACCUGUCAGCCCUCACAGCAGACAGGACAUGGAUGCUUUAGCUGUUGUAAAAUGACUUUAAAUGGUAGAAAAGGCAAGCAAAGGUUCUGCUUUAACAGGAUGAGAAUGGCAAUUGUGUUUAGCCUCUACUUUUCCAAAGCAAAGGACAGUGGAGCUUCCAGCAGCCAGCAACACUUUGUAUCUACUUUUCUUUCUGGCAGGUGAGUUUUAUUUUCUUUUGUAAAACAAACGUAACUUUUUCAGAAUGAGAAAAAUCAGUUCAUACCACAAACACCAGCACACUUUGAACAUUAAUCUUCUUAAGUCCUUAAAGGUACACAGCCUUUAAAGACUUAGAACAGUUGAAUACAUGUGAGAAAGAAAUCUUAAUGCCAGACUGGCUGCAAGACGUUCAGAUUCACCAAAUGUCACAAUGUUUAUUUUAUAGAUCAGUCAUUUUUUUUAAGACUUAUUUUAUUUAAAGCCUUCUUGAAGGAUGUGGCAGUAAUGCUAUCUUUCAAGAUUCAGAAUUAGAAAAUAGCUGCUUUAGAAGUCUCCAAACUCUGCAACCUAUAACUAUUAAGUAAAAUGUUUCAUAUGAAUGCUGCACAGAACCCAUAACAUGAAAUUGGCAUAAUUUAAGAAUGUCUAUUUGGGAAAAAGAGGCAGCUAAUUUCCUUCUCUGUGUGUU